AUGAUCCUCGCCAUCCCAGAACUCGUCCAACGAAUCGCCCAUUCCCUCGACUCAAAAACAAUCGUCGCAUGCGCUCGCGUCAACAAGGCAUGGCACUCCAUCUGGCUCCCUAUCCUCUGGCACACCAUAGACGCCGGGAAGCAGUGGGACAACGGAGGCUUCCUCAGCGCCCUCCACCAACACGCCGACCUUAUACGUACCCUCAAGUGUGGUCGCUACGACGACAUUCGACCCCUCUUCAACUCUAAUGCUUCCUCCUUACCUACUCUCGAAUCUUCGACGAGCUCGGGAUCAGAGAGCGGACAUUCUACUGGAGGAGGAUCCACCGGGCCCAUUGGAGCAAAGGAGCAGGUUUUGUGCAAGAACCUUAUCACCCUCGUCCUCCCCAAGACAACCCUGAUAAACCAGGCCGAUCAAGCGCGUCUCCUUUGCCUCAACCCGCACCUCCUCGACUUGUCUCUUACUCUUUAUGACGACCCCUCCUCUAAAUACACCGACCUGAUCGAGGCUGUCUGUAAUCUCCCUCUGCUCCGACGCCUCGCGCUCGACGAAAACAAGACACUCGAGUCCAAGACCCUGGAGACUUUCCUGAGCCGACUCAACUCUACCCUCCACGAACUGUCGUUGAAGAAAACCUUCUUUGUCAAUCACCCCUUCGGUUCUGGAGAGGAAUUUGCUGCGUCAGCUGAUAAUACGAAAGAGUCGUACGGGAUCCAGUCCCUCUGCAUGGAUGGCGUCGCUUGUAGCCAGGAGUUUCUUCUCCAACUCAUCAGUCGCUUUCCCUCCCUCACACACUUCUCGCUCGGAGGUUAUGCCGAGGUCUACAUUAACGACAACUUUGGCGAGAAGAUGGCGCGUUUAUGUCCCCAGCUCAAGAGCAUCGAUAUCUCCCUCCUUGACAACAUAGAUGACGAGUCUAUUGCGGGUUUAAUCCGUGCGUUGCCAAGACUGCAAAAGUUCCGCGCUGCAGAGACCAUGUUUGGAGAUAGGAGCUUGGAGGCCCUUGUUGAGGAUGGUCGUGACUUGAGCAUCUUGGACAUCAACACCACCUACGUUACAGAGAGCAGUGGCGUUCAGCGUCUUCUAGAGCGAUCAGGAGCGUUAACAAUGUUGGAUGCGUGGGAGCUGUCAGUCAAUGUUCCCGAGAUGAUGUCCGAGGCGUAUGGAACGCGCGUGUCGAGUACGGAAUCAGGUACAGCUGGAGACGAGGAUUCGAGAGUGGCUUUUGCACCUACUCUUCUUUCCAGAGCAUCUACGCCAACUACAGGAGAACUUUCUGGAAAGCGUACUCGAGGUGCCUGGGGCUGUACGGGCCUGGAGUCGCUGGUCCUUGGUGUUGACUAUUCUACCGAUGACUUGACAGAGCAGGAGCGCAAGCUUUACCCACCAUCCAAGGCUCGCCAAUUUAUUUACGAGCAAAUUUCUCGACUCACCAACCUCCGCUACUUGGCUAUCGGUGGUGACAUCCUGGUAGGCGCUGAUGAAGACAGUUGUCAGGAAAAUGAAGGUGCUGAUGAAGGUAAUGAAGACGAAGGAACCGGUAGCGGCGAUGAGGCGGAUGGUGUCGAUUCUGAGGACCAGGGUGAUGACGAUGAUGAAGAUGACGAGGACUGGACCCCUUCAGCGGACAAGUCAUCAGUGGCCAAGUUGCAGAAAAAGAUGGCCAAGCUGGAGGUGAUCGAUCAGGACAGCAAUAACCUCUGGAUCGAAUUCUCGCUACGAUCUGGGUUGGAGAUCUUGGCUCCUCUCAAAGAACUUCGUUGCCUUUCUGUCAAUCAAGGUGCUCACGCCAUCGGCGUCCGUGAGGUUGAGUGGAUGUGCAAGAACUGGCCCCGUUUGAAAUCGAUUGAGGGGCUGUACGAGGAUUAUGCCGAGGAGGCAGUUGCCUGGUUGAGGAAGCAUAGGCCUGACAUUGAGCUCGAGAACGACGAUUAG